AUGAUCCAUAUGCAAUUACUUCAUCACAACUUCAGUCGCAACGACUUUUCGCAGAUCGCCGGUGAGGCCUGCGGAUUUGAGAUGCCUGUCGAGGAGAGAAGGCCGAAAGGGUCACCAGUUGGGAACUUUUUUGCCAAAUUAGGUCGUAGGGUUCGUAGCAAGAGUCCAGCAGCAUCUCGUCUAGCCACUUCAGAAACUCCCAAAUUAAAGGAUACUCGUGACGCGACUCUCGAUGUCCUGAUCAAAGAUCAUGAAAUAGAUGGGUAG